ACCUCAACUGAAGUGAUUGUUCUGAGCGUACAGCUUAGAUUAUUCAUGGGGAAAAGUUAUCUAGCAAAGCUCAAAUACAGUAAAAAAAAUAAAAAAGAAGGGAAGCUGGAACAUAUGAAAUGAAUUCAGCACAGAAAACCGAUUAAGAUCUACUGAUUAGGAUCUCGUAGAACGUCCGGUUGACCAAAAACUCGGCUUGUACCCCCGUCUAAUGAUUGAAACAUGCUUAUUGUGGGCUCUUUCAUUAUUGUGAUUGUUGUUGUGAGCACUAAAUAUGCUCCCAACAAUUGAAUGAGUACAUAUAAAACGUAAAUAAUGAGAGUAAAAUUAAUGUAUUCUUAGAGUAACUACAACAGUGCCCUACCAAAGCUCAGCUGUACAAUCCAGAUGACUGUCAUAAAGUCACAACCAAGGGUGUGGUUUGUGGUAAGUGCAUGUUGAGAGAGAACAGAAAGAUGAUGUAGUUGGCUGGAUUUCCUACACACUGGUAUGUGCCACUGCCUACGUUACUAUAUAAUCUCACAGGAGAAAAGUCAUCUUCAGUGAGUCUUACCUCCACAGGACAGCAAACACUGACAGACAUUCACCUCGGACCUCACCCAGGGAGGAAAUAUUACACUAUUUGAGUAACAACCCCAAGGAGAUUGUGUGAUUCUGGACUAAACUAAAGUACGCCGCAAUUCCACCAUUCAGUCUGUUGCCUGCCUGUCAUCCCCUGGGUCAGAGAUGACUGCCUCCAUGCCCCUGUUCCUCUCAGCCAUUAUGCUCCUCAGCAUCUCCUCUUAUGUGCUCCACCAGAGGCUCCUACUGCUGGCUCAGAUAGGGAUCGCUCAUCAACACAAACCCAGGAACCUCACCAUCCUGCUGUGGCACUGGCCCUUCGGCCGUCCCUACAGCCUGGAGGGAGAUGUGUGCAGCGACGAGUACGGUAUCCCAGGCUGCCUCCUCAGUGACAACACCUCCCUGUUCCCCCAGGCAGACGUGGUGGUCUUCCACAACCAUGAGCUGAGGACCGGCCGCUCUUCCCUGCCUCUCCACCUCCCCCGGUCAGUCUCCCAGCGCUGGCUCUGGCUGUCCCUUGAGCCCCCGGUGCACAAUGGCAACCUGACCAAGUACAAUGGACUGUUCAACUGGACCAUGAGCUACCGAGGCGACGCUGACAUAUCCAUGCCCUAUGGGAAGAUAGUUCCGGUUCCACAUAACGGUAACAGUAGCAGCUAUGUGAUCCCCAAGAAGAGGGCUUGUUUGGCCAGCUGGGUGGUCAGCAACUACAGGCCGGACCAUGCCAGGAGUCAAGUCUACCAGAGCCUGAGGAAGUACAUUCCCAUAGAGGUGUAUGGACACUGGUCAAAGAGGCCACUGACCGACCAAAGUCUGAUACCCAUCAUUGGCCACUGUAGCUUCUACCUGGCUUUUGAAAACUCAGUGGCAUUGGACUACAUAACUGAGAAGUUGUGGAGGAAUGCCUACCAAGCAGGGGCAGUACCUGUGGUUCUGGGGCCCUCUCGGGCUAACUAUGAGGCUCUUGUGCCACCAGGCUCGUUCAUCCAUGUCAGUGACUUCAAUAGCACAGAGGGGCUGGCUGUCUUCCUACAGCAGCUGGCCACAGACAGAGGACGCUAUGAGGGUUACUUCAAGUGGCGUCAGACACAUAGAAUCAAGAUGUACACCGACUGGAGAGAGAGGCUCUGUAAUAUCUGUGCCAACUAUCAAAGACUACCAGGUAACAAGGUGUACUAUGAUCUGGAGGCAUGGGCCAGUAGAUAACAUCAUAGAUGCUUUUACUACUGUAGGUUAUUUUGUACUACAAUAUGUUCAAGAACUUGUAUUGUAGCCAGUUUUUUUUCACCUGCAAAACAACAGUCUGCAGUGAAACUUGAAAAACAUUCCGUUCUGGUGGUGUGCCACUUUCACAUCAGCUUGAUGACAUUACAACAUUCACUUUUGGUCCCUAAUGCAGAAACACCACAGAAAAAUCACAACUUCUGUAACACCCAGCUUUCUGACACAAUACAUUUUUAGUUCAUAUAUUAGAUACUUUAUUUUGUUAUUAUUAGUAAUAUGUAUUUUCUUUCUGUAUCUAAUCAGGUUGACAAAUGUGGGUGGGCAAGUGGGAGGGAUAGGGAAGGCUCAGGGGACAAACAAGGGCUUUUUGGGAUUCAGAGAGGUUUCACUUUUGUAAAAAUGUUUGCUUAAAACUUCAAUAGAAAAAUGGAAAUAAGGAAAUGACACAACCGUGUAGGCUAGCUAGCUCAUGAUGCAAUUGUAAUGGCACAAGACAAUGUCUUUCCAGGCAGUAAUAUUGAGGGUAAGCUUUCAUAGAUUUGUUUCUCUCUCUGUAUUUUGCUACUUAUAAUACGUUACAGUAUAGUUCAUACCCUUUAUUUAGGCAUAAUGACUAAUGCAAGUAAGUUGCCAACCUUAGCGUGACUUACUCCACUUAAGCCCUUGGCUCCUAUGGGGAGAAUAGGCAGUUGAUGAAUGUCCUCCAUCACACUUGGUUCAGGGUUUUUCCAGAUCACACCAAUUGAGGCCGUUCUCAGUCAUUUCUGCCUGGAUGUCUCUCCUCCAAGUGCUUCUGGGUCAACCCCUGUUUCUUUUCCCCUGGAAAAGAAUAGUAAACCAUUAACAAAAUCCCUGUACCAAUACUUACGCAAUCCCUCUCAGAGAGAUUACUGUGUAUUAACAGUUCUGCAUGUCACUCAAUUCAAACAAACUCCUCUGUAACCUAAUGUGACUGUAUAACCAAUAGUGAUGCAAUUAUUGAAUUUCUAGUUUCAAUGAAAAUUACACACACAAACGUUGCAUCUCAAAUGGUACCCUAUUCCCUACAUAGUGUAAUUUAUAGGGAAUAGUGUGCCAUUUGGGAUGUAACCUUAGUUUCUGGUACAGAUACCCGUGAGGAGACGUUGCUUUAUAAUCUCAACAUCUAUGGAUUCAAGGAACAAUAAUUGACCACUAUGCACAUAUAGCUCUGGCCACCAGAUGUCAUGAUUGCCUAAAAACUGAAUAAAACAUGGAAACAAUAAAGAUAUGCUUUUUACAUUU